CCAAGGUCACGUGAGCUCAACGGCAGCAGCGGGCACGGUGGUUGUGUGGCACCGCAGUGGAAGCACUGGCUGCUUCACUCCUGUGCACCGCAACACUCCGGGAUCCGAAGCAAUUUAACAAGCAGCACGUCUCCUUCUGAAACCUCGGUGUAAUGGCGCUCCGGUAACGCGACUGCGCGCUCUUCAUUCGCUCUCCACGCACACACAUGCUGUCUAUUUUUGCACCGUGAAAUACACGUUGGACACCGUGAGCUCGGGAGACGCGGAGAGGAACCGAGGCUCUGGUGUGUUGGAAUCGCAAUGGCAGACCGUGAUUCGUUUCCGCUGACUAUGGAGGUGCGAGCCCGGCUCGCGGAGCUAGAACUGGAGCUAUCAGAGGGUGACAUCACACAGAAGGGCUAUGAGAAAAAGAGAUCCAAACUUUUGCAAGCUUACCUACCUCACACACCUGGGGCAGAGCGUCGCGUUCCAGUCACACCCUCGUCAUCGUCUUCCUCAUCCUCCCGCUACCAGCGACGACGGUCCACAGGGUCCAGGGAUGAACGUUAUCGCUCAGAUGUGCAUUCAGAAGCUGUUCAGGCCGCACUUGAGAGACACAGCGAGAGAAAGAUAGCCGUGCUGUUGCCGUCCAAGCGGCGGUCGCUCAUCGGACAAACCUCAAUGGACACCUACACACCUCCAGACUCAUCCUCUGGCUCUGAUGCUGAGGGGUCUCUGGGGAGGGCGGGGGGUGUCAACGUGGACUCCUGGAUCAGCAGAGCUCUCCACGGCUCACCUUCAACAUCAUCAUCGUCCUCGUCUCACAGCAACAGCUCUGUCAACGCUGCUCGACUGGCGGAGACCAGCAUGCACUCCUAUGGCAUCGGUCCAAUGUCUCAUCUGUCUCUGAAAAGGCGGGGCUUAAGAGAAAUGGGUGUGUCUACUGACAAUGGUUUUGUCAUCAGGCAUUCCACUGACUACCAGUCAGAUCGCCCCUGGUCAUCGCUGGAUUCUGAGGACAGUCUAUCGGCUCCCCCAGACAUCACCAGCUACACACCAGACCCCGCCCCCUUCUCUGUGCAACGGCCACAGGUUGCCAUAAUAACCAAGGCUCCACCCAAAUAUGGCAAUGCUGAGCUGAUGGAGACUGGAGAUGGUGUGCCUGUCAGUAGCCGUGUCUCAGCCAAGAUCCAACAGCUGGUUAACACAUUGAAACGCCCCAAACGAAAACCUCUGAGAGAAUUCUUCGUGGAGGACUUUGAAGAACUGCUGGAAGCAGUGCAGCAGCCAGAUCCUUCUCUGCCAUGCCCAGAGGGUGUGGAGUCAACUGUCAUACAGGGAGAUGAGCUUGACAGAAUUAAAAACUGUCCUGCUUCCCUGGAGGCGGCCCUUCUGCGCUGGGGAGCCAUCGCACCCAAAGCCCCCUGUCUGACCACCACGCAUGGCAGUGCCAAACAACCGUACACACUUACAUAUGGUAAACUCUGGUCCAGAAGUUUGAAACUGGCGUAUAAUCUUCUCCACAAACUAGGAUCCAAACAAGAACCAAUCCUCCACCCCGGAGACAGAGUAGCGCUGGUGUAUCCCAAUAAUGAUCCAGCAGCAUUCAUGGUAGCGUUUUAUGGCUGUCUUUUAGCUGAAGUCGUUCCUGUUCCAAUUGAGGUGCCACUUACAAAGAAGGAUGCUGGGAGUCAGCAGAUCGGUUUCCUGUUGGGCAGCUGUGGAGUAGCAGUGGCAGUGACCAGCGAUGCGUGUCACAAAGGCCUUCUCAAGAAUACUAGUGGUGAUGUCAUGCAGUUCAAAGGAUGGCCAAAGUUGCUUUGGGUGUUGAGUGAUUCUAGACAUUUAUCAAAACCCCCGAGAGAGUAUUUCCCACUCAUUAAAGAUGCCAACAACGACACAGCAUACAUAGAGUAUAAGACCUGUAAGGAUGGGAGUGUGUUGGGAAUAACCGUGUCCAGGAUGGCGAUGUUCACACACUGCCAAACACUCACACAAACCUGCGGGUACACCGAGGCUGAAACGAUAGUAAAUGUGUUGGAUUUUAAGAAGGGCAUUGGCCUCUGGCACAGUGUUCAAAUGAGUGUGUUGAAUAUGUUACAUGUGGUUAGUGUUCCAUAUGCUCUCAUGAAGGUGAACCCUUUAUCUUGGAUCCAAAAUAUUGGGCAGUACAAAGCGAAGGUGGCAUGUGUGAAAAGCAGGGAUCUACAUUGGGCUUUGAUGGCCCACAGAGAUCAGACUGACACCAACAUGAGUUCACUGAGAAUGCUGCUGAUCGCUGACGGUUCGAACCCUUGGUCGAUAUCCUCCUGCGACGCCUUCCUAAACGUGUUCCAGAGUAUGGGCUUGAAGUCCGAGGUCAUAUGCCCAUGUGCCGGCUCCCCCGAGGCCCUAACUGUAUCUGUCAGGAGGCCUCAGGAGAGCGGCUGUAAGCCGGCCGGUCGAGGGGUCCUCAGUAUGACGAAUCUCAGUCACGGGGUCAUCAGGGUGGACACGGGGGAGAAGCUUUCCGUCCUCACCCUGCAGGAUGUGGGCACGGCCAUGCCAGGAGCGAUGGUGUGUGUCAUUAAACAGGAGGGCGUUCCGCAGCUGUGUAAAACUGAUGAGAUUGGAGAGAUCUGCGUGUCGUCUGUUGCCACAGGGAUGUCAUAUUAUGGGCUUACGGGAAUGAGCAAGAACACAUUUGAGGUAUCUCCAGUGUCGUCUGACGGUGGUUUGGUCACAGACUGUGUAUUUGUGCGGUCUGGUCUCCUGGGGUUCGUGGGUCCAAGUGGGAUGGUCUUCAUCUCUGGGUCGCUGGAAGGACUGAUGCAGGUCGGGGGACGGAAACACAACGCCGAUGACAUCAUAGCAACCGCUCUCGCUGUGGAACCUAUGAAGUUCAUCUAUCGGGGAAGGACGGUUGUGUUUUCAGUGACUGUGCUGUAUGAUGAAAGGAUCGUCCUGGUGGCAGAACAAAGGCCUGAUUCGACUGAAGAAGAAAGCUAUCAAUGGAUGAGCCGAGUGUUGCAGGCUAUAGAUGGGAUUCAUCAGGUGGGGGUGUACUGCCUGGCGCUAGUUCCUGCCAACACCCUCCCGAAAACCCCUCUGGGUGGGAUUCACCUGUCGGAGACCAAACAGCUCUUCCUAGAGGGGGCGCUACACCCCUGCAGCAUCCUCAUGUGUCCACACUCCUGUAUCACCAACCUGCCUAAACCCCGACAGAAACAACCCGAGGUGGGUCCUGCCUCUGUGAUGGUGGGGAAUCUCGUAGCAGGAAAGCGAAUGGCUCAGGCCAGCGGACGAGACCUAAGCAACAUUGACGACAAUGAACAGUUUCUUUUUCUGUCGGAAGUGUUGCAAUGGAGAGCUCAGACAACACCUGACCACAUACUGUACACACUCAUCAACACACGGGGGGCAGUAGGGAGUUCUCUGACCUGUCUACAGCUUCACAAAAAAGCAGAAAAAAUUGCCACUUUGCUGUAUGAGAGAGGACAAUUGCGAGAUGGAGAUCAUGUAGCUUUAGUGUACCCGCCAGGUCUAGAUUUGAUCGCUGCAUUUUACGGCUGUCUGUAUGCGGGCUGUAUCCCCAUCACUGUACGACCACCUCACCCUCAAAACAUCUCCACCACACUACCUACAGUCAAAAUGAUCCUGGAGGUGAGUCGUUCAGUGUGUGCUAUGACCACCCAAGCAAUAUCUAAACUUCUGAAGUCCAAGGAUGCGUCAGUUGCCGUGGAUUUUAAAUCAUGGCCUCUUAUCCUGGAAACAGAUGACCUUCCAAAGAGACGUUGUCCACUGCUGUAUAAGCCAUGUGACCCAGAUUCGUUGGCGUAUUUGGACUUCAGUGUGUCCACUACGGGAAUGCUUGCCGGAGUGAAGAUGUCUCACUCUGGCACAAGUGCUCUCUGUCGCUCUAUUAAACUGCAGUGUGAGCUUUAUCCUUCACGUGAGGUCGCCGUGUGUCUUGACCCCUACUGCGGCCUCGGCUUCGUUUUGUGGUGUCUCUGCAGUGUGUAUGCGGGACAGCAGUCUGUUCUGAUCUCACCCAUGGAUCUUGAGGUAAAUCCUGCUUUGUGGCUGCAGUCCGUCAGUCACUUUAAAGUCCGGGACACUUUCUGCUCGUACUCUGUGAUGGAGCUCUGCACGAGAUCGCUCAGCUCGCUCACGGACUCUUUAAAGGCUCGUGGGAUGGAUCUGACCCGUGUGCGUUCGUGUGUGGUUGUGGCGGAAGAGAGGCCUCGCGUUUCACUGACUCAGUCAUUCUGUAAACUCUUUAAAGACGUUGGUCUGCAUCCACGUGCCGUCAGCACCGCGUUUGGCUGCAGGGUCAAUCUCGCAGUCUGUCUGCAGCCCCAUAGGUUGGGAAAACUUGCCGAGCAGGGGACAUCAGGACCUGAUCCCACGACUGUCUAUGUGGACAUGAGAGCGCUGAGACAUGACAGGGUGAGACUGGUUGAAAGAGGAUCUCCACACAGCUUACCUCUCAUGGAAUCGGGGAAGAUUUUGCCAGGCGUGCGCAUCAUCAUCGCUAACCCAGAGACAAAGGGACCAAUCGGAGACUCUCAUUUAGGAGAGAUCUGGGUCCAUAGUCCACAGAGCGCUUCCGGCUAUUUCACCGUGUUCGGCGAGGAAAAUGUACGGUCGGAUCAUUUUGGAGCCAGGUUGAGCUUUGGAGACACACAGACCGUGUGGGCCAGAACGGGGUACCUUGGGUUCCUGCGUAGAACCGACCUAACAGAUGCAAAUGGAGAGAGGCACGAUGCUCUAUAUGUGGUUGGAGCGUUGGAUGAGGUCAUGGAGCUGAGAGGGAUGAAAUACCAUCCCAUUGACAUUGAAAUGUCCAUCAUCAGAGCCCACCGAAACAUCACAGAGUGUGCUGUGUUCACUUGGACAAAUUUAUUAGUAGUAGUGGUGGAGUUGGACGGUUCCGAGCAGGAAGCUCUAGAUCUGGUUCCCAUGGUAACUAACGUGGUUCUAGAGGAACACUACCUGAUUGUGGGCGUGGUGGUCGUCGUGGAUACAGGCGUAAUUCCCAUCAACUCUCGUGGGGAGAAGCAGCGCAUGCACCUGCGGGACGGCUUCCUCGCCGACCAGCUCGACCCCAUAUAUGUGGCUUACAACAUGUAGAAUCUCAAACAAACACACAUUCAUUCACAGAGGAACUUAAAAGGCUCCUGUAGCAUAUCUUCAAGUCUUUAUUUUAGCUUUAUUCAUGUUGCUUGUUAUUUUACUGGUAUUGCUUAUUUUUUUUAAUCCACACUAAAUUUGAUUUAAAGCACAGGGAUUUGAUCCGAUAAAUAUAUCGCCAAAUUGCCAAUUCAAGUCAUGUUAUUUAUUCGUGUUUUCACAAAUAUAUGUGUGUUAUAUUUGUGCUUUUUUGUACUUUGGCCAUGUUGUUUUACGCUUGUCUUUGUUGUUUUUGAAGGUGUAUUAGAAUAUCACAAACAGACUCGUUUAGCAUGUUUGUUAUCAUUUGAAGACACUGUUAUAUCAUUUUCAUUGUUAAUUAUGUACAGAAAUUGGUGACGUUUUAAUUUUGUCUAGCUUUUGAAGUAUCAGUGUGCUUUUAAUAGUUAAGCGUAACACAAUAGAGGUUAAUGUAUCAUGUAUAUAAAACAUCAUAUCUGCACUGUGAGACAUAAAUAUAGAAAUAUGCGAACUAGAAUGUGCAUUCUAGAUUCAUUGCCCAGCAACAGCUAAUCUCUGUAUCUAUUGGUUGCAGAGAUGGGGAUCUAAAAGAAUGACAUAUGCACAACGUGUUUUUAUUAUAUUCUUUAUUUAUUUUUUAAGCUUCCAUGACCUGUAAGAAACUAGAGCACUUUGAUUCUGUCGCGAUGUCUUUUCGUAUGUCAAUAAAAUAUUUUCAAAUAUUCUUGAAAAAGCUGACUUG